CUCUCCAGAUUUGUAGACGUCUGUGUUUACCGCUACUGCCUUUGCUGCUACAGUUGCUACUACUACAGCGCACACAGUAGUCGCUGUUAUUGUAGGCAGCAUCAUCAUCGUUACCAUUAAGCUCUAGCUCGUACGUCACAGUCAAACAUUAGCGUUAUUAUCGUGAUGAUUGUCUUACUUUUAUGUUGAUGUCGAUGAUCUAGCGAUAACCCUACUUGGGAGUACUAGGGUAGUGAUGCAGCGGUUAUCUUUUCCUUUCGUCCGGUCGCUGAGUUGAUCCGAGACGCGCAUGUCAAUAGCCUACCGAAGGUGUGGUAGACGGACACAUCUAAUAGUAAUACGGAAGUGUUAGUGCCAAUACAUAGCGGAUACCCUUUAUCUACCUAGCGUCGAUUGUUAUGUCGCACACCUGCGUACGUGCAUGUAGGCAUAUAGAAAACAUUUACCUAUACACGUUUAUGCAUAUUACGGCGUGCCAACCACCCAUAAGUCAUGGAUGGAAGGUGUUUUACUAUGUUUAUAGAAGUUGUUGUUAGUUCAUUUCGGUGAUUGGCGGUCUACUGCCGUCUACCCAGAGAGGUAGCCUAAGCACCCCCCACUGCUAUCGUAAUCCCUUUUUUCCUGAUCUUUCGAUGACGUUGGACAGCGACGUGCCUUCGUCGUUUGUGUGAACGUUGCAUCGAUAAUAUACUUCAGUGUGUCGUGAGUUUCGUGUUAUGAUCAAUCGGUGCUGUGAAGUUCGGUUCAAUCAGUGUCGAAAUAUAAAACGUUGCGUUUUGUGCUCUUCCAGCCAACUGGUCCUGUGUCGGCCGUCAUCCCGCACUUUAGGCGGGAGCAAGACCUCUGCCGCAAUAAAGUACACUGUCCAGAGUACUUAACACUACCGAAUUAUUAUUGUUGUUCUCUUCUGUGGUCUAGACGAAAAAUAAUGAGCCAAAUGUAUCGUACGAUUUCUAACAAUGAUGGGUGCCUCACUGGUUCGUGCUGUUGUGCUAACAUCCAGCGCUGCCCCCUCUCAGGAUUAUCUCAGCACCGCGUUCAAGACAAGGAAAAUGGCGCCGUCACCCUGAAGUGCGCUGCUGCUGCCACCGCCGCAGCAGUCCACGUCACUGUUGUCCGUGCCGUUAAUGGUGCAGUUGUCGCAAUCGGCUGGUAAACGUUGCGCGAUCUCGUGUAUUGUCGACAGUGUGAAGCUUACGACCGCCGAGCACACGACGUGCAAGGUCCAGCGACAGCAGCGGGAGCGACAACAGCGGCACCACUAACAACAACAACAACAGCUACUAAGAAGAAAUCAGGCUCUUAUUCGUUGUGCCUAGUUACCGCUGAGAACCUCGUGCUGCAUCAACACGACCACGAACAACAACCACCGAAAAUGAAGCAGUUCAUGAGUUGCCAUGUGGCGGCCGCCAAAGUUAUAGCGGUCAGUCUCAUUCUGCUGCCGAUAAUCGGUGCCGUCCACGCGUUCGACGAUGAUGAGCUCACCGAGCCGACAAUCACGGUGAUCGGGGUCCUGGGCGAGCGUGCAUCGCUUCCAUGCAAUAUUGCCCCCAACUCGAGUGAUGAUGAAGUGUCUUUGGUAUUGUGGUAUCGAGAUGACUCGACGACACCUAUCUACUCAGCGGAUGCGCGCAAGACGUCACUGCGGAAGGCGCAUCAUUCGCCCAUCGACUGGCUGGCACAUCGUGCUUUCCUCAAAGUCGAGACAAGUCCUUCUCUGUUGCAACUGUCGCCGGUUCAAGAGGGCGAUGACGGAUUCUACAGGUGCCGAGUGGACUUCAAGAAGGAGCGUACACGGAACUAUCAAGUGCAUCUCAAGGUUAUUCUUCCGCCGAAUGAACCGAUCAUCAGUGACCAGAAUAGGGAGAUCCUACCAUCGAAGAGUGUCAUCGGUCCAUACAACGAAGGAGACAAGCUGAUCCUCGUCUGUCAAGUCGAAGGAGGCAAUCCUCCACCCGUGGUAACAUGGUGGCGAGAGUCAUUUCUACUUGAUGACCACUAUAACGUAUCAAACGGAAUAUCGAAGAACGUGUUGGAAAUCCCUGCCCUCACUCGUAACGAUCUGAUGGCCACUCUGACCUGUACUGCGUCCAAUAAUAAUAUCUCGUAUCCUGUAUCAUCUAGCGUAAUCGUCGAUCUCAAUUUCCGUCCUCUGUCCGUCUGGAUCGAAGGGGAACAGCAGCCGCUCUCGGCUGGCAAAUCGGUGACGCUUGAAUGCCGCGCGUCAGGGUCGCGCCCGCCAGCGGUUAUUGAAUGGUGGAAAGGCGGGAUGCGAAUGAACUCGACCUCGCACAAUAGCACAAGUGCAUUAACAUUUGUGCCCACGGCUGAUGAUUCUGGCAAGCACCUUUCGUGCCGCGCAGAGAAUCCCCUCAUCGCAAACAGCCGCAUCGAGGACGGAUGGAAGCUCGAAGUUCACUACAACCCUAUUCUGAGCCUGCGCCUCGGGAGCAAGCUUCGGCACCAGCAUAUCCAGGAAGGUAACGAUGUAUUUUUCGAGUGCGACAUUCGCGCCAACCCCUGGGUGAACGAUAUCGGAUGGCGUUUUGAAGGUCGAGAGGUGCAGACAAACACCUCGGCAGGUGUAAUCAUAAGCGGUCAGAGCCUUGUAUUACAAAAGGUGGAUCGCUACAGCCGAGGCAGGUACACCUGUCAUGCUACGAACGCGCAGGGGCCCGGCGAAAGUAACGCCGUCAUGCUCAAAGUCAGGUUCGCUCCCGUGUGCAAGGGCGAACAGAAGACGACGUACGGGGCCGCCCGAAAUGAGCUAGUCAAGAUAUUCUGCGAACUAGAAAGUGACCCCGUUGAAAUCGCGUUUAAAUGGCGUUUCAAUAACAGCAAAGAGCUCAUCUCGUCCAGUAACGUUCAUACGGAUGGCACUCGGUCCUGUGUGACCGUUGUACCACACACUGAGGAGGAUUAUGGUCCAAUCAUCUGCUGGGGAAAGAACAGCAUCGGCUUGCAGAGAGAACCAUGCGUCUUCCAGCUGAUUCCUGCGGGUCCGCCGGAGCCGGUACAUAAUUGUACAGUGGUCAACCAAACCGAGGAAUCGUUGACAAUUGCCUGCCAGGAAGGCUACGAUGGAGGUAUUGAGCAGUCCUUUCAUAUGGAAUUACACGACGCUGAACAGCGUACUCUGCAAGGCAACUAUUCACUCUUGUCCACUGGUCGCACCCAGAUCGGAAGUGACGAUGAAUCUGGUGGUAGUGUGUCUGGGCCUGUUGACCUGCCGGCCAGCCAGCCAGCAGUGGUCAUGUCAGCUUCCGGACUCGCACCAGCGACAGCCUACGUGAUCGCUGUCUGGGCAGCGAACGCACGAGGUCAGAGUCCACCUACUGUGAUAGUUGCGCACACGAUCCCGUCACCAAUAUCACUUACGCGCAGAGGAAUGUGGCACAUCUCGUUGAGUCCAUUGAUCCUUGUGCUGAUAUUUGUUGUAACGGGAAUCAUCCUUGUCGCGUUCACGAUCAUUCUCAUUAUGAAGAUCAGGACUCGGCAAGUCAUCAAGAGCUCUCAACAGCGCGCUGCCGCCGCAGAUGAAAAGCCGCAGAUUCCGUUGCCAGAGGAAGGGGACGUCACGGAGCUUGCGCGGUUCGCCGACGAAAACAAGGGUCCGGAUGUUAUACCACCAGACGCGAUUCCUGGCAGUGGCGAAAUCAGAGGAAGCGGUGUCCUUGGAUUGGGAGUCGGAGUUGGGUUCGGAAGUUCCAGCGCAGCUGUCGGAGUAUGCAGGGUAGAUCCUCGUUUCGACACAGGUUACAUGCCUAGAGGCGGAACUUUAAAGCGAGGUACAUGGGAUUGCACGAAUCCACCCGCCAAUAGUGUUGUACAGCAGGAGUCGCUUAUAGGAGCCAUAAUAUCGGAAGCCGGGAAUGUUCUGUCAGGGCCCUCCUCAUCCCACCUAGCUUCAUUUCACCAUAUGACCACCUUGCCGCGACAGCCUCCACAGCAUCCAACGCAAGAAGUAUCACAGCAUAAAGAACCAGUGCACGACAUACACAUGGCAGCAUUACAUAGUCACGCGUCAUGGGCUGUGAGUCCUGCAGAGUUAGCUCUGUCUCCGCGAGGCUGCCCCCCGGAGGGCCCUUACCACCAAUCCCCACAUCCUACACAAACGACCUCUCUCUCCACAGCCCAAUAUGAUAGCACGCUCAAGAGCUUUCGGCCAUACAGCGAUAUCCGGCCGGAGCGUCGCUGAGAGCCGCUUGAACAACCGUCUUCAUCUUAGGCCACAGUCAGAAGAUACACUAAACAAGAUUGGUCCUAUUUCCUCAUUUUAUAAAGAAAAUAGACGAGCAGAAGUCGAAGGAGAUUUGGUCUAAAAUAUCGUCAGUGUAUAUGACCACUUCGUAGCAUCAGAAAAACCAACACAACAUAGUGGAGAUCAAGAUGAAGUAAUCAGUGAUUCUCAUUGACUACUACUCGCCAUAUGAGGCCAUACAAAUGGACUAAUCAUAGUUGUGUUCCUCAGAUGUGGAUUGUCUCUUUCUAUUCUAUGACAUGAUACUUACCGUUCCAUGGACAGAUUUAACAUAUAGCAAACGAAAGAUACGAGGUAAUUGCAGAGUUUCCAGGAUGGAUGAGUGUUAGAAUAAGCUGGACUGAAACCCAGUCUGAAUAACAUUGUGCUGAUAUUAGUAGCACUAGUGUGUGGGCAACCUAUAUUCUCGAGCUGUACAUAUUGUAUAAUCCUUUGUUGUAAAUGAAGGCGAAGUAAGGAAGUUCGGUAGCUGAAGCAAAAUAUAGGAUGAAACCAGAAUAUACGGAGGUAUGGGCGUAAUCCUUAAGGCCGAAACCCUCAUGUGGACAAUAUGUAGAGGAAGGGGCGCAGAGACAAAAGCUGAAGGUAAGCUUAAUGAAAAGAGAAGACCUGUGCACAUGGCAAGAAGAAUCGGUGAUAUACUAUAUGAGCAACAAAGGUAUAAGACAUAGUAAGACGAAAAGGAAGCAUGGUUAAAUAUUUGCAAACGAUGCUUAACGUAUACAUAUGUAUUCACAAUUUUCGAUCGAGGGUUUGAGUACUGCUACAGGAAGCUCUUAAUGCAAGAUAUGUACGGUCUACGGUGGCUGCGGCUUUUUAAAAAACGUUACUUCGGAAAUCUUUCCGACAACUUAUUUCAAGUUGUACUUACGUCAGCAUUUUUUUUUUCUAGGUACGCGAGUCUAAUAAAUUCGGAAUAGAAUCAACUGGCCGUAGCAAAAAGGAACCGUAUAUUGAUCGGAAUAAUUGCAAUGGGUAUAGUGCCGCAUAGCGACUAAAACAACAAUAGUAAUUAUAAUAAAAAUAAUAUUUAACAUUUAAUAUUACACAAGUAUAAUAAUAGAAAUAUUCAAGUCAUAAAGACCAUUAGCUGCGAUUUUUGCUAUAGCGGUUAUUAUUAUUAUUACCAUUACUAUACUUGUAUGUACAACUGCGUCAAAAAUGCGCUGAACUCGUAGAGGACUUCAUAGAAAUAUCUGGCCUCCUUGAUUGCUUGAUUGACUCAAUGGAAAACGUUUGAUUUCACUUCAACCUCAGAGGGAUUGAAAGAACAGCAUGUACGAAAGUGUAAUUUAUUUUAGUUUUCUAUCCACUAGCGCUGUAUUGCGGCGGCAACAAUUCAUCAUACGAUUGAGCUACUCUUAUUGUAUGUAUUUCGUAUCUGCGGAGGAAGGACACUACUUAUCGAGAUUGAUCUCGUUGUAGAAACGAAACUAACAAUAUGUACGCGUCGUGUAUGCACGAGAACGUGUGGGUACAAAAGCCCAUCUUUUUCAGGAACCUGAGGGGCCCGCUCGCGCAGAGUGGCGGACAGCAGUCGGUACUCAAACGGUGAUUGUACUUCGCGCACACUGCUGUCCCUGCCGCCGCCAGCGUCUGGGUUCCAACGAUAGUCUUCUUUCGCCAUGAUGGACAGCAAGAGAGAACCUGGUAAACUGAGAUCGAACGAUUGUUUGUCUGUGCACUAACUCGACCCGCAGCAGCUUCCAUCCCGUACACUGGUUGGUUACAGAAAAGCAGGUUCACCUACUUGUCUUCAGCGUAGGCGUAGGCGUGCAUGUUGAAUUUUAGGUGGGUCUGAUAACGAUUCUGAUUGCAAUGACGAAGCUGAUGCUGAUGAACAGGGAGGAUGUUCGGAGUUACGGAGAUAAUAAGUAUAUGCCGUAAGGUGAAUGUAGGAAGAUGAAACUCGACUUAGCGGUGAACGCGUCUGAGGGCUUCAGGUUAGGUUACAAUGCGUGUGAGGAUUUUGUCACCAGACCACAGGUAUGCUACGGUAGAACGUAAUUGACACAAACAGAAGAGAGAGCGACAAAACUGUUACAAAGGGGUUGACCAGGCGGCUACCGACGAAGUAUCUACUUGUAUGCUGCAUGUGUAAUGGCCAACAACAUUCGAUGCAAGAAAGGCCUGUACACUGAGGGGGAAUAUAUAAGCAGCCAAGCGAAGGCUAAACGACAACAUUUUAACCAGUGUAUUAUUUGAUAGGACACAUGUGAGGGUGAACCUACCGAGUUCGGAAAAAAGAAUGAAUGAUAGAAAACAAAACACGAGAACUAAAGAGUUGCUCAUUUUUCAUUUAAAUUUCUGCCGGUAGACGCUGAGCAUGCUGAAAUGAUAUAGGGGACACACAAGGCGCACAGACCUAUUCAAAGAGAUUACAAAAAACAUUUGAAGUACGUGCGCGGGAGGUAUAAAUUAGUGAAGUUCACCAGAAUGGAACUUAUUUUACUUAACAACAACUUAUGGUGAAAGCGCAACGCUGUUCAAAAGGGCACCAAAUAACGAAGUGAUCAAAAAUCAAAGAUGGAACUACUUACCAGUGUAGGAUAAUGGACGGAACAGCCGAAAUAACGUUGUCGCUGAACGUAACGAUAUAGAUACAGAAACUAAUAAUACAAUUAUCAGCUGAGUAAUCAAUUAUAACUCUAAUUUAUAAAUACAAAACAAGUUAAAAACGGACAAAGAAGUUUAAGGAUCCAGAUGAACGAAUAGAACCACAAACAUUUCAAUAGAAAUUGUUUAUUGUACUUAUUACUAAUAUAUAUAUAUAUAUAAAAAAAGUGCACGUCAACACUGCGAUAUAAAUAUGUAAAAUA